AUGUCCCCUCCCAUCGCUCUUCUGUCCGUCUACGACAAGGCCAGCUUGCUUGAUCUGGCGAGUGGCCUGCACAACGCUGGUGUUCGUCUCCUGGGCUCUGGAGGCACCGCGAAGAAGAUCAGGGAAGCCGGAAUUCCCAUAGAAGAUGUCGCGGAUAUCACGAAGGCACCAGAAAUGCUGGGCGGACGGGUGAAGACACUCCACCCUGCUGUUCACGGUGGUAUUCUUGCACGAUCUAUUCCCUCGGACAAAGCCGACCUUGAAGCUCAAAGCAUCUCCCCCAUCUCCAUCGUCGUCUGCAACCUCUACCCGUUCACUUCCACCAUCGCGAAGCCGGACUGCUCACUUGCGGAUGCAGUCGAAGAAAUCGACAUCGGAGGUGUCACGCUGCUUCGUGCUGCCGCGAAGAACCACGAGCGUGUCUCCAUCCUCUCGGACCCCGCAGACUACACCCAGUUCCUCGAGGCGUGGAAGGCUAGCAAUGGCGAUGUUGGCCAGGCAGUCAGGAGCAAGCUCGCGCUGAAGGCAUUCGAGAUGACAGCAACGUAUGACGACGCCAUCAGCGGGUACUUCAGGGAACAGUAUGCGUCUUCUGAGCUCCCCGAGGACAAGCUUGCCGGGCCAGUCCAGCGUAUGGCUUUGCGCUACGGUGCCAACCCCCACCAGAAGCCGGCGCAAGCGUUCGUCAAAGAAGGCGAGCUGCCAUUCAAAGCUUUGUGUGGGUCACCUGGAUACAUCAAUCUUCUUGAUGCUCUCAACUCGUAUGCGCUCGUGAAGGAGAUGUCGGAGGCGCUCGAUCUCCCCGCAGCCGCAUCCUUCAAGCAUGUUUCCCCUGCCGGCGCUGCCGUCGGCAUCGAGCUUAACGAGGUGGAGAAGAAGGUGUACGGGGUCGACGAUCUCAAAGAACCGCUCACCCCAUUGGCGUAUGCGUACGCUCGCGCUCGAGGUGCGGACCGUAUGUCUUCCUUUGGUGACUUUAUCGCCGUAUCGGAGGUUUGCGACCUUGCUACUGCCAAGAUCAUCUCGAGGGAGGUUUCCGACGGUAUUAUCGCACCAGGAUACUCUCCAGAAGCCCUUGAAGUCCUGUCCAAGAAGAAGGGCGGCAAGUACUGUGUGCUUCAGAUUGACCCGUCGUACAAGCCGGCCGAGGUCGAGACACGUCAGGUGUAUGGCAUCUCUCUGCAACAGCGGAGAAACGAUGCCAAGAUCGACCCCAGCCUCUUCCAAAACAUCGUCACCAAGAACAAGGAGGUGCGCCGGUCGUCCGCUGCUGAUCAUCAGUGCACCUGGCUGACGCCCUCGCCGCAGCUGACGAACCAAGGCCUGACGGACCUCAUCGUCACCACCCUCGCGCUCAAAUACACGCAGUCGAACUCGGUCGCGUACGCGUACCGCGGCGCGCUAGUCGGCAUCGGCGCCGGCCAGCAGUCGCGCAUCCACUGCACGCGGCUCGCGGGGACCAAGGCGGACUUGUGGUGGCUGCGGCACCACCCCCGCGUGCUUGCGCUGCCGUUCAAGAAGGGCGUCAAGCGGGCGGAGAAGGCGAACGCGAUUGACCUCUUUGUGGCAGGCGAGCCGCUGAGCGGCGGGGAGCUCGCGCAGUGGGAGGCCAACUUUACGGAGGUGCCCGCGGCGCUGACGGCGGAGGAGAAGGCGGCGCACGCGGCACAGCUGGACGGGGUCGCGUGCUCGAGCGACGCGUUCUUCCCGUUCCCAGACAAUGUGCACCGCGCGUGCCGGAGCGGGGUUACGUUCUUGGCGGCUCCGAGUGGGAGCGUUAUGGACGAGGAGUGCGUGAAGGCGGCGGACGAGCACGGGAUGGUGUUUGUGCAUACGAACCUCCGUCUCUUCCACCACUGA